AUAUUAAACCACUUCAGAACUUAAACUGUGAUUGCAUGAUGUAUCCUAACGUCAUUCGAGCUGAGGAUCGGAUUUACCUGUUGUCACUGCCUGAUUAUUUUGGUCAUAAUUUUGACAUGAUCGGACACGCCUUCCAUUUUCAAUACUUUGAUCCAAACAAGAAUUUGUUUAAAACCCUGCCACCCCCACCCGUCCUACGUGAUUAUAAAUUAAUGAACAUGGGUAGACUUGAUGCACGGUGUCAUUUUUUCCUUAGAGGUUAUAUAUAUGUGUUUAUUACAGACGCCAAGACUUGUUUUCAAACAUCUAAGUUCAACACCAUAAAUUCAGAUUCAGAAUGGGAGGAUUGCAAGUCCAUGGUGGACAAAUUUAAAGAGAAAAAUAUUCCUUUUCCCUUCUUACAUACAUGUUGGCGAUAUGGGGAUUUCGAAUGAAUUGGCUGAUAACACUUGGAUUCUAGUCGCCCUUAAUGGUGGUGCUCUGCCCAUUGCAUAUAAUGUUCACCUUAGUGACAAGGGUGAUAUUGAUCCUAUAUCUCAUAGGGUUCUGGCUGAACUUCAUACUUCGGAUGUUCAUAAGUAUGGCAGAAAAAAUGAUUGGAAACAAUUAGCUGAUAUGGGAGGUGGAAGGUUUUGUGUGAUGUGCUGUGCUUUAGAUGAAGAUUUUUUGAUAUACGGCUUCGAAAUUGAUUUUGAACUUGAAUGGACCAUUCAAAGUGAUAAAACUAAAGUGAGUUCGUCAUCUAUUAUUUUCAAAAUGGAAUUCGAUCAUAAUUACCCCAUCCCUUUGAAGAGUGAACUUACCGGUUUCUGUAUAGCCUCUGCUCCGCCUCCUCUUGCAUCUCCUAGCUCUGCUCCUCCUCCUCUUGUAUCUCCCGACAGUGAAGACCAAGACAAGAAUGAUAGGAAGAGUAAGAGAAAAUGGGGGAGUGGAUUGUUUGUAUAUUUACUUCCAACUAUGUCAGCUCUGCUCCUCCACCUCAUCUGGGGCCGCUGAGCUUGCAGUGAAGACUACUAUGGGUGGUGGAGGGCCUAUCUGACUGCCGGUCCCUUAGUUUUAUACUCUAUUUUCUUUUCCUCUAAUCUAUUUUCCACCUCUUCACCAAGUUGGAAAUUACAAAGCUGGUCUCAGGCAUGUUAUAUUUCGGCUACAUGUUGAUUGAGUCAUAUGCCUUGUUCGUUUAAACCGGGACAAUUGGCUUUUAUGCAUGCAUGCUUGCUUCUGGUUUGUUUGUAAGAUAUACUGUCUGUGAAGAUUGACUGAUGGCAACAAAGUACGUACUGAAUUACUAGUGAUGAAGUUGAUUGAUAAGCAUUUUCUUGUCUUAGGAUUUGUGAACUUGUGGAUUAAUAUAUGGAACAUGCAUGCUCUGAUCUUGGUUAUGAAUAUUUUAGAUUCCAUUUCUUUAA